UGAAGGGGAGGGGGUGUGUGUCAGGAGUGUGACUGGGCGUGAGUGUCACAUGUCGGCAGUUUGACACCUCCGCUUCCCGCAGAAAGACGCACUCAGCUCAGCGACUAAAACAUCUCUGGACCUGCAAGGAGACGGACUGUAAUGGCGACCGGUGACAGUCAGACAACUUUUGAGUCAUUGCUCAGUCAGGCCACAGACCCAAACAAUCAGGAGGACAGAUGGGACUGCAUCCAGGGCUUCUACCAGCUCGUCAACCAAGAAACUGAUGGGCCACAGGUAGCCAUUCGUCUUCUUGGCCAUAAAAUCCAGUCACCACAGGAAAAAGAGGCUCUGCAGGCUCUCACUGUUCUCGAGGCCUGUAUGAACAACUGUGGAAAAAGGUUUCAGAGCGAGGCCGCCAAGUUUCGCUUUCUCAAUGAGCUCAUCAAAGUCGUAACACCGAAGUACUUUGGCGCGUGGACUCCACAGACGGUCAAAGACAGAGUGACGGAGGUCCUCUACGGCUGGACUCUGUGGCUUAAAGAUGAACCCAAGAUUCAGGAUGCGUACAGCAUGCUCAAGAAACAAGGUAUUGUAAAGAAAGAUCCCAAACUGCCGGACAAAGUAAUAAUGGCACCUCCACCACAAAGAACCACAGAGUCUGUUUUUGACCAGGAGGACAAGGCCCAGCUUUUAGCCAGAUUAUUGAAAAGUGCCCGACCUGAAGAUCUGGAAACUGCCAACAGACUCAUUAAAAGCACCAUCAAAGAGGAGCAGGAGAAGGCGGAGAAACUGUCAAAGCGUGAGUCUACUCUGAAGGAGGUGGAGAACAGCAGCAAACAGCUCAGAGAGCUGCUGAACGAGCACACGAUCACUGGAACGUCGUUACAGCUGAGCGAUGACGUGAAGACCCUGUACGAGCGCUGUGAUCGGCUGAGGCCGAGCCUCUUCCGCCUGGCCAGCGACACAAUGGAUGACGACGCAGCUCUGGCUCAAAUCCUUGCUGCUAACGAUGAGCUAACACUUGUAUUAAGUGCCUACAAACAACAAGUGGGGAAGAAGGAGUGUAAUGGUGGAAGAGAAAGAAGUAAAAGUGAAGAAAUGGAGUGUAAAAACAAUGCUCCAACGAGUCCCAGAGAGAUUAAAAGUUACCACCUCAUCGACCUCUCAGCACUGGACUCUCCACAGACGCACAGAAAAGCUGAUUCACCACCGUCCUUCGAAGCCUCUUCACCCACACACUCCUCUCUUCUGGAAAGUACCUUCCACUCAGUGGCUGACCAAGACUUUAAUGAAUUAGAAUUUGAUGAUCAUGUCUCGAGGAAGACUCAAAAGAAUUCAGGGUCAUAUUAUGAAGAUUUACUGCAGCUUAAUGAAGACAUUCAGAUGAAUAAUGCUGAGCAGAAUGGAGGAAGAGGCUUCGUGUUGAGAGCGCGUGGAUGCGCAGGGAACAACAUGACAUCAAAUGAGAAUAUCUGGUCACUCCCUCACAAUCAACAGUUUACAGAGUCACUGUCUACAGUGCAGAAACAACUCAACAACAUGUCCGGAUCUUCAGUGAAAUCAGAGGAGAGCUCGUGUCCCCCACAAGUCCUGAAGAACAUCUUCGUUCCAAUGGAGACCAUUAAAUCCAGUAGUCUUGAGCCGAUCACGCUGUUCGAUCAAGGAGGUUUCCACGUCUCUCUACAUUUUGCCAAAGACUCUCCGCCAGGUCACCCAGAUGUCGCGGUGGUCAUCAUCUCCACAGUGAACACAUCUGCCUUCCACGUGAAGGACUUCACGUUUCUAGCUGCUGUUCCAAAGACCAUGUCGGUGAAACUUCAGCCUGCCUCGGGGACACACCUACCUCCUUACAACCCUCUUCUUCCUCCACCUGCCAUCUCACAGGUCCUCCUAUUGGCUAAUCCUCAGAAGCGAAAGAUUCGUCUACGCUACAAGCUGACGCUGACACAUGGUGACCAGCAGCUGAACGAGACCGGAGAGAUUGACAAUUUUCCCGAUUGGACCUCUUUGAUUGGCCGCUAAAAAAACGUCACAAACUUGGAUUUAAAACAAAAAACAAAAUAAAAACAAACUCUGGAUCCGGUCUGCACAAGACUGGGGCAGUCAGAGAGAGCAAACUGAACCGAUGAGAGACAAACACAACAAAAAGGUGGGAAACCUGUGAGCGUCGAUCCUCAUGAGGUAAACAAGAAAUUCCAAGUCUGUAAGUACGAUACAAAGAUUUAUAUUACUCUAAAAAGGUGGAUAAACUCUAUUUCACACAUAAUACGGUUCAGGUGGGUUUGAUACAUCCAUGAUUGUAUCCGAUUCAGGUAUUCAGUAUUCUGCUGUUGUCCUAGUGUGCUGUUUUUUUGCUAUCACUUCCUCAGUUUGAUGAUGUGUACGCUGACAUGUAGCUGGUUACAUGUCUGCAUAUAAAAAAUUGGUAUUUAUUUGCUUUUAUGACAUUCAAAAUUCCCCAAAAUGUCUUAAGAUAGAAAAAGUAUUAAUAAGUAUUUAUUGUAAAGAAUGAGGUUAGCUUCAGGAAUUUAUGUAUGCGUGUGUGAAGAUUAGUAUUUGGGUGUAUUUUUGCUGUUCUUGUCUGCUACUUACAUCACAAGCAUGAAGGAAAUAUCUUCAUUAUUAUGACAAAAUAUGAAAAAACAAACCAAGAAAUUGUUAGCACAAUGAAAACAAAAAACACAGAAACACAAAUACAGAAAAGCUUCAACACAACAGAAAUGUUCACAGGUCUGUAUAAACAAACUGCUCAAUAAUGACUUUCUUAAACAAGCAACAUUAUUUAGUAACAUGUUUGUGGAGUUUAAUCAUACUGGUUGCAUUAUAUUGAGCUGGCUAAAUACCUUCCUGUGUCAGAGUCUACAUAUAUACAUAUACAUAUGUUACUCUAUAAGGAAAGGACAUAAGAGGUUGUUUCUCGACUAUUUGACCAUAUGUUGUGAACACGACUGUCGCUGUUAUGGAGUAACUUACAAAGUUUGUCUAACAUUGUUUUUUUGUUGUUGUUUUUUUCACAAUAAGAGGAGCUACUUCCUCCCGAUACAUACACUCACAUACAGGAAGUUAUUUAGUCAGCAGCAUUUUAACAUUCAGUGCCACUCAAACUUCUAUUGUAUUGUAGCUUUCUGUGUUAAUCUGUUUUGUCAAAGUUGUAAAGAUCAUUUCUUAAUUUGCUUAAAACGAUUCUGAAGCCCUCUCAGCCACCGUAGAUUUGUUGUCCGCUCUGUCGCUAUUAUGCUCUAUGACCACAUCAGUGUUUCCUGAUUAGUUGUUUUAUACUGUGAAGCUUUAUUAUUGGAGCCCAGAACAACAAAUUUACUGCAAUUAGACCCGAUACUGUCAAACCAAGAAGACUUAAAGCCAAUUUGAAUGUUUUCUUUAAAUGCUUGUCUGCAUAUUGUCUGUCAAUAAAUACAAACUGUAUCACUCAAA